AGCGAUUCGGCCUGUGCCUGUGCUGUCGUAUGCUUGUUCUGUUUUCGAAGAAAGAUCCAUCACCAUUCUGGGCCACUUGUUCUCAUUUUUUUGCUGAGUGUAGUCACUGUGAAUCGUGUUUUGAUGUCCCCACUAGUACGUUCUAGUAGAAGUCUUUUUGAUACAAGAAUGCUGAAGAGCUUCAGGAAAUCGAAAAUCAAGAGUUUACCGCUUUUUUCAAGUCAAAAAGUUACGGCUUCACUCGCAAGCUCUCCAAACCAUGCUCCAGCAUUGCUAGAACAGACAAGGCGGGUCAAUUGUCAUUGCAGCGCCGUGCUCUUUUCGACGCACUCCCCAACCUCGACAAGCAUGCAGAUGCAGGACUCGCUUAAAACCCGAACAGUCGAAGUGGAGCGGAAAUUCGUUUUGACAGAGACCGCUUACGCAAACAUUCAGGAGCGGUGCAAGUCGAAAGUAAUUGAAGGGACUGAAGACGGUAAAAAUACCAUCACCCAUCGCGACACCUAUUACGACUUGGUUUCUAGAAUUGAAUUUGACGGGAAGCGCCGUUUUUAUGCGUUCACUUCACAAGACUGGUGGUUGCGUCAGCGCGAUGGUUCCUGGGAACUGAAAAAGCCGGUGACUGAGGAACAAGCAACAGGAGAUACAACCAAUGCAAAAUCCGACGCGUAUGAAGAAAUCCAGGACGAAACACGAAUUACGGAGUUGCUGUGUGCAAAGGCUUUGGAACUAGAAGCUCAAAAUUUCGUCACAGGAUCUGAAUCGGAUUACUGGGUAUGGAAAAAGUUUGUUGACAUGCGGACUUUUCGGGAGAAGUGGAUUCACGACGGGACAACCUUGAGUAUCGACAUCGAUCGGGUCGAGUACUUGGAAGUAAAAGACGUGGAGCAAGAGAGCGUCAAUUUAAGAUCGUUGGCUUUACCUGCUGCAGCAGCAGCAGCCACCCGCGACGGUGCAGUGCUCCCGGAUGCGUUCCGCAUUUUCGAGGUCGAAUGUCUUUUGCAGCUACGAGACGGAGAAGACGGCGAGGCUGAAAUAGCCGCUGCGCGUGAAAGGAUCGCGGAGUUCGGCGAGGAACUCAUGCGAACUACUGCCGACUCGGGUGAGUGUGAGAAAGGAAAAGAGGAUGCAAAUUUUCAGCUGAUGCUACAAGGUGGGAAAAUUUUGUACUAUUUGCAAAAGUAUUCACCAGAUCAUUUCAAAACCCUUGUUGCUGCGUACCAGAAGCGAAUGCAGCAAAAAUCUUCUGCCCUUCGACAUCAGCGGAGCUGCGGAGC